GUGUAUCAGAGUGAGGGGGGCGUGGCGAGCCAAUGGGCGAGCGGCCCGGUCACUAUGGCAACGGGUCACAACAACGGGCGAGCGAACCCUCUGUGGCGGUGCUCUGGAUCAGGGUCGGUACAAAAUCCGACACGAAGCGGAAUAAAAGGGAGAACAGCGGCGGGGGGCAGCAGGCUGAAUGGUUUGUACUCCCCGUGGAGCCGGUGCCAUAAUCAGCCUGUCCCGCGAUGAGCGAGUCCAGUGUGAGCCAGACGGGAAGCGGCGACAGCCAGGACCUGGAGAGUUCAGCCCAGGACGCGGACAAAUCAGUUGCUUCAAGCACAUCAAGUAUAGCAGAAAGCUUCACACAAACAGAAUCAACAUUCAUUGAUGGGCCCAGUGAAAUCAUUCCGGACAUUGUGGACUCUACUGUUACAAUUGUGGAUUCUGACCAACUUCCACUAACAUCAGUUCUCACACAGACUGAUUCCAGCUGGCUGCUCAAUCAGAGCCACAGGAAAUUUGAUAAAGAGUAUGAGUCAAUCCUGGAAGACGAUGUCAGUGAUGUAACUUCAAAAGGGAGCCUUGAUGACAUCAUUGUUCAUUCUGAGUUUAUUGAUGAUAAGAUAUCUGGAAGAUUAUUUGAUUCUGGCAUCUACUCAUUGCCCAGUGUUGGACCACCAACUAUCCUGGCUUAUAAACAAGAGUCCAAAGAGCAACCGAUUGAUUAUAAAGCGAUAAGACCAAAGGUAAAGAACACUUGGUUAAAAGAUCUAAAGGAAAUCAAUGAGUUUAAGGAGUAUUGGCAGUGGAGCCAGAACAAAUUAAUGCAAGAAGAACAUACUAUGACUGAAGAACAGUUCAAGAGGAGCAACAAGCCAAUGGUUGAGGAUUCAUAUCUUUCAAAAGCUUCCAGUCACCUUGGGUGGAACCAGUUCAGAAAGUCUGUGGUAUCAGUCGGAUUUGAUUUGUGCCAAUUUUGUGGCAAAAACUUGAAGCCCUUACCUACUCCCAAACAACUGGGAACAGAGCCAUUUGAAACUCUCUUCUGCUGUAAACAAUAUCGCGACUUGUUUGAGUUUCUCUUGAAAGAAGAGGAUGAGAUGCGUUUGAAAGUGGCUCAGCAAAUGAUUGAUAUCUCUCCUCACCUUCCCUUUGGCAGUGUACAAGAGAGAGAACAAGCCAAGGAAAAAGCAGCAAUGAGGUUACGUGACAGAGAAAUGGAAAAAUACAUGAAAAAGGCAAAAGAAAGUCAGCUCAAAGUGUCUGCCGGGCCAAAGAAACUGACUACAAUUACUUUUCAGUUAUCCACGUCACUGGAUUUCGUAACCUUAAAAGAAGUGAAAGGUGAAGGUGAAAAUUGGGAUAACAUUUUCACGGAGUCAAGGGAUGACUCAUUCAGUUGGCACAAGGAUCUUCACUCAUCUUUCAUGGUGAAAUACUACAAGAACGGGAAUAAGUUUCUUACUGCUUUCCCAGACGGAAUGGCUCAAGUAUUUUAUCCCUCUGGAAAUCUGGCAGUUCAGAUUUUUACGGACAAGCAGAAGAAAAUUAACUGCAUUGUGCUGGAGGACAAAGCCGACGAGCCAGCAAUUCAGGCAGUGUUUUCCUCCUAUGGCAGGUGUACCUGCUACCAUCCGAAUGGAGUCAUCUGGAUAAAUAUAAACGCAUUGGGUGGCCACUAUUUGGAUAAUCAAGGCACGCGAGUGAGGCGUUGGUACUGGAGAGACCGUUUGUCUCUUGGCUUCAUACCUUUUAAACCAAUUUUCAUAUCAUUAAAUGAAAACAUUGGUGUUAGGAUUAUAGAGCAAGAACGGAUUUUCAUUACUUUUCUGGCAAUGGGGAAGCAAGCAAGGUUCAAAGUGGGAACAAAACUGAAGUUCAGAAAAACAUCAAAGCUAUCCCUUAUAAGCAAUCUGAUAACAGAGGAUGAGCUUCUCCUUCAGGCCAGCCAGCUGAAGGUUCGAACAGCGAUCAACAAACUGUGCAUUGCUCUGAACUUUCCAAGUAACGACCCAGAAAAAAUUCCACUUCCACUUUAUCUUACUUCUCAACAACAGAGGCUCUCCCAACUCCAGGAAACUAUUAGGAUGGAAGAAAUUGCUAAGAUGUAAGAAAAGUCACCUGUGGAAUACAGAUGAAGAUACAGAAUUUGACAGUACAGUUUCUGUAUGGGGUCAGGGCUGUGGUGGGAUGAUUGUGUGGAUUAUAUAAGUUUUGAAUUUCAAUUUGGACUAAAAGAUAUCAAAAUUGAAAAAAAAAAUCUGUUACUCUCCCAGUGUUGCACCUGGGAGUAACAUUGGUUAAAGUAAGGAGUCUGACUUAAGUUGAAGGUCCUGUCCCUCCUUUUUAAGUCAGACCCACAAGUUUUUCAUUAUACCAGAAUGGAGGUGUUGUCUUAAAUCUUACAUGCUGUCAUUCUUACAAUGUAUCAGGUUUAUUAUCAAGAUCAUGAACAUUUAUAUUUCAGACAAUGUUUGGGUAAAUUAAUAUAAUGCUAAUGUUAUUUCAUCAGUUUAA